AUGCGGAUAGGAAAAGCAGUGGUGGCAUACGGUGGCGCAUUUCCUGUUUUCACAUUUGGGUUCAUGGAAGUGUGCCCAGUCGAGGCGGUAAUAGAGAGCCUACAAUUUCCGCUGAGAAUUUUAAGCCAUAAAACAUUCAGCCUUUGGGCAACGGUGUACAUUGCCGCCUAA